GCCCUUGCCGACACAUUACUGAAUAUUUUUGUGGAACCUGCUUAAGAAUUCAGAGAGAGUGCUGAGUGACCCCUGGAGGAGAGGUCAGAUCUUCAGGCCUCCGUGUCGCCUCUCUCUGCCGCGUCCUCGUGUGACUGCCAUUUACUUGGCUUAAAAUCCUACAGUGACUCUCACUGAAAUUCAAAGAAAAUAAACCUUACAGUGGAGCUGUUAGGAAGAUCAGGUGUCUUCUACCAACCCCAUCAGAGAAAUGUCCUACGUUUUCGUAAACGAUUCUUCUCAGACUAACGUGCCCUUGCUGCAAGCCUGUAUUGAUGGGGACUUUAACUAUUCCAAGCGGCUUUUGGAAAGUGGCUUUGACCCAAAUAUCCGCGACAGCAGAGGGAGGACCGGCCUUCACCUCGCGGCAGCCCGCGGGAACGUAGACAUCUGCCAGCUGUUGCAUAAGUUUGGUGCUGACCUGCUGGCCACGGACUAUCAGGGAAACACAGCUCUUCACCUCUGCGGCCACGUGGACACCAUCCAGUUUUUAGUUUCCAAUGGGCUCAAAAUUGAUAUUUGCAAUCAUCAAGGUGCUACCCCUUUAGUUCUGGCGAAGCGCAGGGGCGUGAAUAAAGAUGUCAUCCGAUUGCUGGAAUCUUUGGAAGAACAAGAGGUGAAAGGAUUUAACAGAGGAACCCACUCAAAGCUGGAGACCAUGCAGACGGCUGAGAGUGAAAGUGCCAUGGAAAGCCAUUCUCUCCUCAAUCCCAACCUCCAGCAGGGUGAGGGAGUCCUCUCCAGCUUUCGAACUACCUGGCAGGAGUUCGUAGAGGAUCUGGGCUUCUGGAGGGUCUUGCUCUUGAUCUUCGUCAUUGCUCUGCUGUCUCUCGGCAUCGCCUACUAUGUGAGCGGGGUGCUGCCCUUCGUGGAAAACCAGCCGGAACUGGUGCAUUAGAGGGGCUCGCAGGCGGUGGAUGGAAACUAUCUCCCGGCACCAGGAUUGAUUCUGCAUUUCUCAACACUUUUCUCAGUGCAAGGCGGCGAGGGCUGUACAUUUUUAUCUUUUCGAUCGUAACCCGUGUAAAACAGUAUGCCUGAACUUCAUGCUGUAGUCGAGGACACUGUGUGCUACAUCUCACUCAGCCUGACUUCCUCCGGAAACCGGUUCAUGGCCUCCUUGAUAAAAACAUGGAAUUGACUGAAGAAAAAGGGUUUCUUGUAUGAUUUUUGUUAGUAGUUUUGUUUUUGUUUAGUUUUGUAACAGCCCCUUUUCUCUAUUAUGUUCUCUAGGGAGAGGAGAACAAAACCAUCUGGCUUAAAACUUGAAGUACUUUCUUCAAACCCUCUAUUCCAAAUUAGUAGUUAGAAUCUGACUUAAUUGCAACAUGUUCAAGUCUAGUUAUAAAUCAGACAAAACUUCUAAAAUGUGCUUUCUGCAGAGCUGAUUGAUUUGAUCUUACGUUUAAUUGUCUUAGGGUCAUUUUGAUUAUUGUAAAUGCUAACAAAGUUAUCUGAAAAGUAAGAUUGAGAAGUUCACUUCAUUCACUUUCAUUUGCCCCGUGUGUUUAUUUCAGAGGUUCCUUGCUCACCGGAAAACCCUUUUUCUACUGAAUAGUUGGCAGGGAAAAGUAAUUCUCACACUAAAGCGUCACCACAAUUCUGUAGUGCUAUUUAUUACCGGUUCCAUAAGCUAGCUGUGUGGCCACAGUUGUAUCAUAACUGUUUAACGCAUAGUCUAUUUAGAGGGCUGUUACACUUUGCGUAACAAUCUUACCGGCUCAGUAAUUCUCUGACAGCUGGAAAGGCUGGAGUAUUUCCGCAUUAAUGGCCCUGAACGGUAUUGUCCUUGGUGUAGUAAACCUUUUAUGGAAGGUAACAUUACGUAAAUUGAAAUCUGGCCUCUGAACUAUACUGCAGCUUUUAGAAGCCUUUGAAGGCCUCUUUGUUAAUGAUUCUGUAAUGUAUAAAUCAUAUUCUUAGGUUAUUAUUAAAGAAUAUUAAGGCUUAAUAAUUGUCCAUUGAGUAAAGUCAGAAAAUUGUAGUGAAAACUGAUGGUUUUAUGCUCUGAAACAUAGGCAUGUAAAUGAAUGCUCGCUGAAUUAUUGCUAGACUUAGAAAUUGCAGUUAGACUAGACCUGAUAUAUCUAUGGUCCUUUUGCUUCUUGAUAUUUUCUUUGUAUUUAUAUAUGUGGUUGCGAGGCUUUUUUCUUUCAUGUGGCUUUAUCCUCUUACAGAGCUUCUUUAAAAUUCCUGAUUAACUGGCUGCUUCAGUGUCAGCUUGCAGAGUCUUGCUUUUAGGUUAGGUGCAAACAAACGUAAUCAUACUCCAUGUAACUACAGCAAAGGGAAAAAGUCAGAAUGAAAGCUUUGGAUUUAGCUUUACAUUGUAAGUCUAAACAAGCGUGCAAAUUGAUUAAUAUAUUACAUAUGUUGUGUUUUUAAGAUUAAUAUUCCCUUUUAAGUGCGGAUUUCUUUGUAUUCUGUUUUCUGCAUUUAUCAUUCUGUAAUACCACCAAUAAAUGUAUUUAUAAAUCCUUAACCACAAUCUA